AAAAGAGGAGGAGGAGGAGGAGGAGGAGGAGGAGGUGGAGGAGGAGAGGGGCAAACAGCUGCAAGCGGAUCUUCAACAUCAACAAGCUGCAUCUGUGAGGAAGAAGACGGGAUUUGGAGAGGCCAUUGAAAGGGAAGGGAUUCCUGGCUCCUGAUUUCAACAACAGAGGCGAGGUUUCCACACACACCCACGGAAGAAGAAAAAAAAAUAAAAAUCCUACAAGUGGUGAUGCGAUGGUUUAGGGGAGCAAUUUGGUAGAUUAGACGACGCGGAGAGAGAAAUCCCCCCCACCUUCCCUUGAAAUACAUCUGUGGACGCUUUCUGCAGGGGAGAUAGAUGGCUGUUUUCCGGCUCUCGCUGCUGCUGCAGGUGGGAUUCGUGCUCGGAUCGAGCCACAUAUCCGCGGAUUGGUCCGGCACCGGAGCGCAGGAGGCGAUCCCCGGCGCUCAGACGCACCGGCGGCAGCUGGCGCAGCUCCGUGCGCAGGAGGCGGCGGGGACGCCGCAAAGGACCGUCGAGGCGCACCUCCCCCGAGAGGUCACGGCUUUCCUCCACACGGGGGACUCGACCACCUUACAGCACGCCAACUGCUCGCGGAAGUACGAGCUCCCCUCCGCGCGGGGAAGGGCGCCGCACGCGGCCCCGCAUCACUCCAUGAGCGGCGUCCUGGACACGGUGCUGCACGCCACCAACUUCCUCAACAUGAUCCUGCAAGCCAACAGGUCCAGGGAGCACAACCUCCGGCGAGACAUCGAGUGGUACCACGCCUUAGUGAGGAGCAUCCUGGAGGGAGACACCAUGAUCCACCGGGCGGUGGUGACCUUUGGCGGGGGCGCAUCCUUCGCGGGGCCCUCGGUGCUCCUCCAAGCCACCAGGGCCGGUGGGGAGAUCGUGCUCCAGGACCUCUCCGGCAGCGUGGCGCACCGCCAUCUGCACAACCGCAGCGCCGACACGGAGUGGUACCACGAGAUGAAGGACGGGAGGAACACCARCUUCCACAAAAGGGUCCUGAGCCAAGAUUUGCAGUCUGUGGAGAGGAAACGAGCUGAGAGUUUCAUCCCGGACAGAACCCACGUCAGGUGGUCUGCCCCUUACCUGGAGUGUGAAAAUGGGAAUUUUGUUCCUCGUUGGCUUUUGACUUUAUCCGCUGCUUUUUACGGCUUGAAGUCCAACUUGGCACCUGAAUUCAGGGGCGUGGUGAGAGUGGACGUUAAUCUGCAGGAUGUUGAUAUCGACCAGUGCUCCUCCGACGGCUGGUUUGCAGGAACCCAUCGAUGCAACCUGACCACUAUGGAGUGUUUGCCACUUCACGGUCAUGGAUUUGUUCUGGGGAAGUACCAGUGCAGCUGCAAAAAAGGCUUCUACCAUCCCAACAGAGUAGCUGUCAACGGCUUCUCACAAACGGGGAGAAAUGCAAAUGCUGCAGGUGGCGGUCCUGGUUCAGAGGAGGGAUCUUCCAUGGACUGCAUGCCCUGUGAGAUGAACUGUGCCUACUGCAAGGACAACACUCCCUGUGUGGUGUUAGAGGAAGGCAUCCUUCGCUUGGUCGUGCUCUCCUUCCAGUGCCUCUGCAUGCUGAUAGUCUUCAUCAGCAUGGUGCUCAUUUACAACUUUCGGAGAAAUAAGAGUAUCAGAGCAUCAGGUCUCGUUCUGCUGGAGGCCAUUCUGUGUGGAGCUCUACUUCUCUACUUUCCAGUUGGGAUUCUCUACUUUCAGCCAAGUGUUUUUCGCUGCAUUUUGCUUCGUUGGGUCCGACUCCUUGGUUUUGCCACUGUCUAUGGGACGCUUACUCUUAAACUGUACAGGGUGCUGAAGGUAUUCCUGUCCCGUACAGCUCAGAGGAUCCCCUAUAUGACCAGCUGGCGAGUGUUACGCCUACUGGCCAUCAUUCUGCUCAUCGUCUGCUGGUUCCUGGUGGCUUGGACAUCUGCUGUCUGUCAGAACCCGGACAGGAAGUUGGCACUCAUCGAUGUGGGCUUCACGCCCGACGACCGUCAGUUCAGCAUGUGUCUCCUGGAUCGCUGGGACUACAUGAUGGCUGUCGCUGAGUUCCUCUUCCUUCUGUGGUCAGUGUACCUUUGUUACGCCGUCAGGACCGUGCCAUCGGCUUUCCAUGAGCCUCGAUACAUGGCCAUCGCUGUUCACAACGAGCUGGUCCUCUCUGCCAUAUUUCACGUGAUCAGGUUCACUCUUGCCCCUGAGCUCCAUCCGGACUGGAUGCUGCUGCUGUUCUUCACCCACACCCACUUAACUGUAACUGUUACUUUGGGUCUGCUACUCUUUCCCAAGUUCCUGUUUGCYGGCACCCACAUGAGGGAUGACAUAGCCUCUGAGGCCUACGAGGAUGAGCUGGACAUGGGUCGCUCCGGGUCGUAUCUCAACAGCAGCAUAACAUCGGCAUGGAGCGAGCACAGCCUGGACCCCGAGGACAUUCGGACACCAGAAGAAAUGGGCCAUCUCAGUUCUAUUAAUGGCUGUGGCGUAAGGUCUUGUGACAGCCUUUGGGAAAAACGUACCAACGAGGAGUUGAAGAAACUGUACUCCCAGCUGGAGAUUUACAAGAGGAAGAAGAUGCUUGCAAAUAACCCCCAUCUGCAGAAGAAGCGAAGCUCCAAGAAAGGCCUGGGCCGCUCGCUGAUGAGGCGCAUCACCGAGAUUCCUGAGUCUGUGCACCGGCAGUGCAGCCGGGAAGACAAGGAGGCAGGCGAGCAUGGGAGCAAUCGCAACAGCAUCUGCAUGCUGAAGAAAAGCCCCUUAGAUCAAAGUCACCAAAUAAAACCGGUGAAAGAAGAGACUUUAAAGAACAAGGUGUUCUCGCUGAAGAAGUCCCACAGCAGCUACGACCAUGUCCGCGACCAGAAUGAAGACACCAGUAACUCUGUGACAGACAAGAUGGAGAUGACCCCAGCUGAAGGCUCCAUCCUGGACACACUCAUGGGUAAGAAGCUGGUCAAGAAGAAGUCCAGCGAGAACGUUAAUGUCUGCAGUGAGUCUACAGAGUCGGUCCCUUUAGUUUGCAAGUCGGCCAGUGCCCAUAACCUCACUGCUGACAAGAAACCUAUUCAACAUCGAGCCUCCAUGCUGCAGAAGUCCCUCAGCGUCAUUGCCAGUGCAAAAGAGAAGACUUUAGGUUUGACUGGAAAGGCCCAAAUCACAGAGGACAGCUAUAAGAAGAGUCAGCCAAAGAGCAAAGACACUAGGGCAAAUGCAGAAUCGGAGAGUGAGCCAGAUUCCAAGAUGAUAAUCAGCCAGUCGGUUGAGCACAAACAAAGCUCCGCUAAAGGCAGGAUCAUUAAGCAGCCAGUAAGUGGCACACAACCUAUAAUCUGUUCCGAUCCAGUCAAAGCAAAAGACCUCUAUGACGUYUCAGAAGUGUGUCCCUGGGAACUGGAAGAUCUUCCAACUCCGUCUGAGAACAAGAUUCAGAAGCACGUGUCAAUUGCGCCAAAGGAGACCACGACCAUUCAUGGAGGAAGCACUAAAGGAAGCAAAUCUCAGAAGCAGAAAGCUUCUGAUCAGUCUCCGUCRAGCGGUAAGCACUCAAAGGAGAGUCAGAGGACAAUAGCCGCUCGGGCUGAGGUGUGUUCGUGGGAGGAAGGGGGUGAGAGACAAGCCAGUCCAACAGAAGGAUCAAGGCAACAACUACAGAGUCAAUCAAAGUCUAAGCAGCCUCAUUCUUCGUUGGAAAGCUCCACAACAUACCGGGCAGAGGUUUGUCCGUGGGACUUUGAUGAGCUGCAGAAGACAACAGAAUUAGCCCGAUUGCCAGAUUCAGCAAAGCAGAAAAAGAGCACCUCACCAGUGGAUGGGAGAGGAACAAACACCAAACCAGAUGCAGCAAAAUCAGGAGCAUCCCUCCAACCACCAAUAUCAAAAGUUGAUAUAUGUCCCUGGGACUACGACAGCUCUGCAGUUUCUCCAACUCUGGAGAGGACACCCAGUCCUGGCCAAACAUCUAAGACUAAAGAAGCCCCUUCCAAAAAGAAAGGCACACCAAUCUCAAGGACAGUAGAGAAAGAUAAACCAAAAGACUCGGAGGAUGAAAAGAGCAGAACGAAAGUUCAGGACAAGAGUAAAUCUUCUGAGAAACACAUGAGCCAACACAAAAUGGCAGAGGUCUGCCCKUGGGAUAUGGAGAGUCCACAGGAGGCACCCCUGGUAGAAAAAAGGAAAAGUGUUAAUGUUGGAGCGGCCAAAACAAAGCAGGCAGAGGUGUGUCCAUGGGAAAUUGAGGAUACGUCAAGUAGAAAAGGGACAGAUAAAAGCUCUCCUGUAGAAAAGCAAAGCAAUCCAAACUCUAAAGGUGGAGCUGCAGGUUCUGCUAAAAAGGCAGACAUUUGCCCCUGGGACUUCGAGGAAAACAUAUCGAGCAAGAAGGCAUGAUGCUCAACCUAAAAAGGACCACUGAAAAUACACUUAUCAAUGAAUUCCUCUUUUUUCCACUUGGAAAUUGUUAAACGUUACCUUUUACUCUUUGUACGGUAACUUGGAAGCAAAGUUGAUCCACAAGUUGCCUUCCUUUCUGAGAUUAUGUUCCUGUUUUACAUAUUUUGGAAUAUGUACAAGAAUUUUAAAAAAAGUCAAGAUAAGCAUUCCAGAUUAUGACAGGAAAACUCUGAACAUAAAUUGUAGACCAAUUAUGCAACUUUUCAAUCAACAAUUUCACUUUAUGAGCAAUCAUCUCGACAGUUGUUUUUAUCUCAUUUGUCAUUGGAUUAAGAAAUGACUAGACUGUAAAGGUAAAGAGAAGAAUAUAUGAAUAAACUUAUUGAAUUAAAGGUGAAGUAUAACACUGCAAACAAUGAGAGCCAAAGAAUAAAGUAACAUUUGCAAAGAGGGACGUUUAUCUUAAGCCUGGAGAUUUAAUGAAUUAGUUUGUUUUAAUCACAGAAGGAAUAAAUUCCGUCUAAAGCACUUUAGCAAGUUAGAUUCUGUCCUUGGUGCACAUUUUGCUUUUUUACUUUCAAACUACUGACACAUGGAAUAUUAUACGUCAACCAAGUUCAUACAUGGUUCCUUAUUUAGGAUUCAUUUAAUUGUAGUUCUCUACAGAUUGAAAUGCUUCCGGUUCUGCAGAGAUGUACUAUAUGUGCCUAAGUAACUAGCAUUGUCUUGUAUCUGUUUGGGGUGGGGGGGCUUCUUCUUCAGGAUUUAGUGACAGUGAUUUAUAUAAACAGCAUGCAGGCAUUGAGUAGCUAGACCGGACUGGUUUGUUCACAGAUCUGAGGUUUUAGCUAACUAAUAAAUAGCAUUAGAGACCAACAAUUUUUAUUUUUCUUAAAUGGAAAGGAUGGAGAAGGAGAAAAGCAGGUUUAGUCCGAAAGUGUGUCUUAAUGGUUUGGAUGUUCAUGCAUGUAAACUGUAGAGAAGAAAGUACCCAGAGGGAGGAAUGUGCACCAGCUUUGUUUAUGAAUCCAGCAUGGAUUUUUAUAUUUUUUUUUUUAUUGUUUGCACCAAAUGUGUGUCUGUGGAUGCAAUAUCACGAAUUUACGAGAAAGAUUUGAUUCAGUAAUCUAGAUAUAUAAAAGAUAAAACGUGUAUAGGAUCAAGUCCUGCCCUUCUAUUUCCACUCUCUUUGCCUUAAAUCAGACUUUUUGAAUUGGAAUUUUGUGGAAAGGUUAUGAACAAUAAUAUCUUACCCUUUGAAUGUCUUCAGUUUACUAGUCUUCAACUCUGACUGGAUCAACAAGCUAACAGCUACUCAGCGCAGGACAGAAAACAAAAUAGACAGACUGAGUAAACAACUCCAAUCUACUAAAUUUCAUAGCAGUUUGUGCAAAUACUAUUUUACAAACUUUUAUAUGGUUGCCAGUGUCACAUUACACAGUUAUACAGACUUAAAUUUUAUUACAUUCCUGCUAGAUGUGCCUCAGGGUGCACAGGAAGUGCUACAACUAGCUGUUACAUUUUGCACUCUCUAAUAAGCUUGGAGUUAUAUGUAAAUAAAUGCAUGUAAGUUAAGGUUUAUAAAAUACCAUUCACAUAAACUGCUUUGACAUAUUUUGAGAUUAAAGUUUUUAAAAUGACAACUCUUUACUUUGGAUUGCUCAGACUAGCUGUUAGCUUGUCAGCAGUCAGAAUAAACAUUUAUUUAUUUAAACAACUGUUUCUCAAACGUUAUCUGCAACAGGUAAAAUAAUAAUUGUUAAUAACAAUUUUGCAGAUUAUUGCGUAACUACACAUUAAGCACUGCUACAAUCAGUUUGGAGUGUAUGUGUCUGCAUUAUUAGUUAUUUAUGAUAUUAAAUGUAGAGCUGACUGAAGCCCACUCUAAUUAUCAAAAUGUCCAAGUUAGGCUAUUGUACAAAAUGUUAAAAUGUCCCAAUAAUCAUUCUCCAGUAUUUAACUUCAGGGUAAAAAAGAAAAUUCCCCAGUUAUAUUUGACAAAUUACUGUAACGUUUACAGUCGUGUCAAACUAUCCAUCAGUGUAGCAUCUAAAGUGUUGUCUUAUGUUUUGAGGAUUGCUCAUUUGUCACUGAUCGUGUCUGUAUUCUAUUCAAAGACAAGAAGUCCAAUCUGGUAUAAAUUGUGAUUAAAAGCAGUGUGAAAUGUUAUAUUUGUUUAAACCAAUUAAAUCAGUCCAUUGACAAUAACUUAGAAAAUAUUACUAAUAUGUAGGUCCACACAUAAAAAAUUACCCUUGCCACUGAUAAUUUGUCAAAAACGUGGAUUCCUUGACCUCUGGUGUGAAAGUUGUCACCUUUUUUGUGAGCGUUGUGCACAGACUGACUGAUCUAUCAACUUGCAGGGUGCUUUCGAAAGUAGGAUCCUGACAAUGCUGGCACAAAAACAGCAACAUUUAAAAAAAGAAAGAAAAAAGCCACU